GACCGGUUUAUGUACGUCACCAAAUCGUAUAUAUAUCGUCCUCCUUGAAGGGUUUUUUUCUUUCCACCCCAGUUCCACCCCGCUAACUAUGUCUUCGACUAACGUUACUAAAGCACCUAUGAGCGCUCAGCCCCAGGCAGCUCCGACAAUGAGUGUAACAAAUGCUCCUUCCGCGGCCUCUUGCCAGGACGUCGAACAUGGCAACUGCAAGCACAAGCACGGCAAGGGUGGAAUCGUCUCUCGUCUUCGUGGCGGCGGUGCAGGAAAAGACUGUUUCCUCGGAAUCAUCGGAUGUUUCCUAUGCUUUGAAUGCUGUGAGGGAUGUUGCGACUGCAUUGGUGACAUUAUUUGUGCGCUUUGUUCCUCUAUGUUUGUCCUUCGUUCUCUACUUACGCAGCAUCAUUCUUCAGGUUGCCCGUGCGAGAUGUGCUGCUAAUGUCCGAUUCUCAUGAAAUUCUGCUACAACCCGUGCUACGGACUAUUUUUCUCUGUUGUAUUUCAACAUAUGUAUUAUUGUGUUGCCUUUACUACCUCUCACGUUCCCGAAUAAAUCUUCGUGUUGCAGAUUA